AUGCCCGCUGCACGUCGAGGCGAUACUCGGGACGCUGAACGCAAACCCAUCCCAUGCUGGAAGUUCGAGCCACAGAGAAUGUACGGACAGGAUGUUCAACCAUCUCUGAUAGAGUUCCCGGUAGAAGACAUGGUCUUCACCACCCAUGCGACUUCAAUCUCCCGACGUUACUCGAAGCUGGAGCCUAAUCUAAGAUCGAUAAUUAUCGCUGUUGACGGAGCAUGCAGUGAGAAUGGAAUGGAAACCUCCCGAGCUGCUAUCGGAGUCUAUGUGGGCAAGAAAUCCGACUACAACGCUUCCAUGCGGCUCGACUCGUCAUGGGCGACGAACCAAAAAGCGGAGUUGGCGGCAGGCAUUUACGGCCUUGAUGCUGCCAGGGAGAUCAAUGAUUAUGGUGUCGAUGGAGAAUCAUUAACCGAAGUGAUUAUCAAAACGGACUCAGCAUACAUGGUCAAUGGUUUGACCCAAUGGGUUGAUAGGUGGGAAGCGAACGGUUACAUUAACGCGGACGGCCAGCCGGUCACCAAUCAUUACCUGUUCAAGGAGCUGGCAUGGCGCAUUCGUGAUCUUGCGUCUUCCCGCGUCAAUGUUUACUUCUGGCAUGUCCGCAGGGAACACAACCACGAAGCAGACCAAUUGGCCCGGGCUGCACUGGCACGCUAG